ACACGUAGGCCUUAUAUCGUAUUCUCCAAAGUUGGUACAUCAACCAAAUCUACUUCAGAGGGGAACGAUCAAAAAAUACGGACAAGCCGGCAAACAAAACACGGAAACUUUCUGUGGAUUUAAUUUCCUAAAAAUGCCGCCAGAGAUGACAUGGAACGCAACUUUAGCUGUUCCACUUUUAAGGCAGAUCGUAUCAUCGUUAUACCACGGGUUGGUAUCUUAUAAAUAGGGCACCUUGACAGCCCGGGCCGGGAGCUUGCAAGAGCUAGCAGAAGGCGAGAGACUGAACCACCGACCAACCAACCACAACUCAUUUUGCCAGAAGAUUCGACCGAGGAGGCCUAGACAGCAGAAGCAACUUCGCAAGAUGAAUGCCCACAGUGCCACUGCUCUAGUGGCCGUAGCGGUCAUCAUCAUGACCAUUGGUAUAGAUGCUGAUCGCAAACACUGUUUCUGCGAUCUUCGAUGGUCUACCACUCAGCUGGUAUCCGGGGACAGCGUCAACAGUCUGCCGGUCCUAUACGACCUAACGAAUCCGUACUACACUCAUUUCAUACACGUCGGAUGCUCAAGAGUCCUGGAACACUGCCCUGACGACUGUCUGGCAAACGCCCAUGCUUCGAUGGGAGGCGCCACGAUGACGAAUCAAUCCGGCCCGGACGCGUGCAUUUCUGCGGCUACCAACGCGCCUCCGGGCAGUCCGAUCUACGUGUACGCGUCGUACGACCCCAGCGUGUGCGGAGAUCGCUCGUGGCAGUACAUAGGCCCGCUGUGCUGCUGGGAGAUUUCGUUUCCGGGGUACGAAAGCUUCUUUCUGUACAACCAUGAGUGCAAUGAUUCCUGCCCGCCGAAUAACCCAAGUUGCUAAGUUACAAGGACAUAUUAGGGGCCAUUUAAAUGAUGCGCGUACGGUACACGUAUACAGUUCAGGAAAAAGUUGCCGAUUACAUAACCAAUUUCUGUGGUAAUUUCACUAGACACAUGCAUACAUACAAGUCAACAUUUUGUUGUGAGACAAAACAAAACACACCCGCAAAACUGUGAUUUAACAGGCAGCAUUUAGCGAGUGGCAUACGUCUCGUUUUCGCGUCACUCCUGAGUUUCAGCUAUGAACUCUCUAUCACAAACUGUAAAGAAAUCGGUGGAAGCAAAAAGUGAAUUGUUAACUAUUAA